AUGACACGUGGAACACAUGAGCAUCUUCCACCGCCAUCAAAAUUGGCUAAAGUAAAUCGUCUUCGCUUCUUUGGUCAUAUAUUAAGGAGACCGGCAGAUCGCCUUGUUCAACGAGUUCUGAGGAGCUUGCCGGGUUCGAGCUGGAACGAGCCACCUGGUCGAAAACGGAAGCUCUGGACUGAGGUGGUGAAAGAGGACCUGAGGACACUCGGCGUGGAUAGGCAGUUCAGGCGAGACGUAAGGUUUCGCAGAAUAUGGAAUAAGCCCGUUAUUAUAUAUCAUGAUCAUGAUCAUGAUAUAUAA